CCGCACGCACUGGGAAGGAAGAUAGCAGCAACAAUAUGGCGACAGCCGCAGUUACUCUCGACUCUUUUCUACAUCUGCAGAUCAGUGACAGCUGUCUGGAUUUCUGUUAAUGCGAGAAAAAAGCUGGAUGUCUGGGAUGGAAAACAAAUAAAGAGGAAAUAGCUGCAGGAUGAAAACAUGGCCGCACCCCUUAUUGCACCCCCAGGACCUGACAGCUUCAAGAAAUUCACCCCGGAGUCGCUCGCUAACAUCGAGAAGCGCAUCAAUGACGAGAAGAACAAGAAGCCACCCAAGCCCAGAUCGGACAGUAGUCACCGCGACACGUCCGACGAGAAUGAACCCAAGCCCAACAGUGACCUGGAGGCUGGGAAGAGCCUGCCGUUCAUCUACGGCGAUGUUCCUGAUGGAAUGUCGGGCACACCGCUGGAGGAUUUGGAUCCAUACUACCUAAACACGAAAACAUUUAUAGUCAUCAACAAAGGGAAAACAAUCUUCCGCUUCAGUGCCACGCCCUCCUUGUACAUCUUAAGCCCUUUUAAUUUAUUUAGGCGAAUAGCUAUUAAGAUUUUGAUACAUUCGUUAUUCAGCAUGAUCAUCAUGUGUACGAUUUUGACCAACUGUAUAUUCAUGACAUUUAGUGACCCCCCAGAGUGGUCCAAACAAGUAGAGUAUACCUUCACAGGUAUCUAUACGUUUGAGUCGCUCACAAAAAUUGUUGCCCGAGGCUUCGCUAUAGAUGGGUUCACCUUUCUCCGAGACCCAUGGAACUGGCUGGAUUUCAUGGUCAUCUCAAUGGCAUAUAUAACAGAGUUUGUGGACCUUGGGAAUGUGUCGGCGCUGAGAACGUUCAGGGUUCUCCGAGCUUUGAAAACAAUUUCUGUCAUUCCAGGCCUGAAGACCAUUGUGGGUGCUCUGAUCCAGUCUGUGAAGAAGCUGUCGGAUGUGAUGAUCCUGACCGUCUUCUGUCUCAGCGUGUUUGCUCUGAUUGGACUGCAGCUCUUUAUGGGGAACCUGCGGCAGAAGUGUGUAAUCUGGCCCAUCAACAUGACUGAGCAGUACCUGGCAAAUGGCAGCAGGGGCUUUGACUGGGGCGAAUACAUCAUGAAUGACACUAAUUUCUACAUCCUCCCUGGUCAGCUUGAUGCUCUACUAUGUGGAAACAGCUCUGACUCAGGGCGAUGUCCAGAAGGCUUCACAUGUAUGAAAGCCGGAAGGAACCCCAACUAUGGUUACACCAGCUUUGACAGCUUCGGGUGGGCUUUCCUCACCCUCUUUCGUCUCAUGACUCAAGACUUCUGGGAAAAUCUCUACAUGCUGACUCUACGAGCCGCAGGGAAGACCUACAUGAUCUUCUUUGUGCUGGUCAUCUUUGUGGGCUCCUUCUACCUGGUGAAUCUCAUCUUGGCUGUGGUGGCCAUGGCUUAUGAGGAGCAGAACCAGGCCACUAUUGAGGAGGCGGAACAGAAAGAAGCUGAAUUCAAGGCCAUGCUGGAGCAGCUCAAGAAGCAGCAGGAGGAAACCCAGGCUGCUGCCAUGGCAACAUCUGCAGGCACGGUGUCAGAGGCUGCGUUAGAGGAUGAAGGAGGAGGGCACUUGUCCCGCAGCUCCUCUGAGGUCUCCAAGCUGAGCUCCAAGAGUGCCAAGGAGCGCCGCAAUCGCAAGAAGAAAUGGCGUCAGAAAGAGCAGGAGAAAGAGAAAGGAGACAGUGAGAAGGUUGUUAAGUCUGAGUCAGACGAUGGCAGCAAGAAAAGCACCAUUCGUUUCCCAGGAAGCCGGCUUGGGAGAAAGACGUCCAUUAUGAACCAGUCACUACUCAGCAUCCCAGGCUCUCCCUUCAUGUCGCGCCACAACAGUCGCAGCAGCAUCUUCAGCUUCAAAGGCCGUUCCAAGGACAUGGGCUCAGAGAACGAGUUUGCAGACGAUGAGCACAGUACGGUAGAGGAGAGUGAAGACCGUCGAGGCUCCCUGUUUAUCCCCUACCGCCGCAACAGCUACAGUGGCUACAGCCAAGGCUCAUCACGCAUCCACCCGCUGGCACCCCACUCUGGAGGGAAGAGGAACAGCACGGUGGACUGCAAUGGCGUGGUGUCUCUCAUCGGCCCUGGGCCCGGCAGACGGCUUCUGCCUGAGACUACUGACGUGGAGAUUAAGAAGAAGCACUCUGGCUCUCUCAUGGUAUCUGUGGAUCAGCUCAACUCCUCCUUCAAAGGAAAAGACCGUGCCAACAGUCAGAUGAGCGUAGUCACCAACACACUCUUAGAGGAGUUGGAGGAGUCUCAGAGGAAGUGUCCUCCUUGUUGGUACAAGUUUGCCAAUGUCUUCCUCAUCUGGGAAUGCUUUCCCAUGUGGCUGAAGAUCAAGCACAUUGUCUACUUGAUCGUCAUGGACCCAUUUGUUGACCUGGCCAUCACCAUCUGUAUCGUCCUCAACACCCUCUUCAUGGCCAUGGAGCACUACCCCAUGACUGAACAUUUUGAGGGGGUCCUGUCUGUCGGCAACCUGGUGUUCACAGGCAUCUUUGCUGGGGAGAUGUUUGCCAAGCUGAUUGCCAUGGAUCCCUACUACUACUUCCAGGAAGGCUGGAACUGCUUUGAUGGCUUCAUUGUGACGCUGAGUUUAGUUGAGCUGGGGCUGCAAGAUGUGGAGGGUCUGUCAGUGCUCAGGUCAUUCCGAUUGUUAAGAGUGUUCAAACUAGCCAAAUCAUGGCCCACCCUCAACAUGCUGAUCAAGAUCAUCGGUAACUCAGUGGGAGCUCUGGGUAAUCUGACCCUGGUGCUGGCCAUCAUCGUCUUCAUCUUUGCCGUGGUGGGCAUGCAGCUGUUUGGCAAAAGCUACAAGGAUUGUGUGUGCAAGAUCGCCCAGUCCUGUGAACUGCCCCGCUGGCACAUGAAUGACUUCUUCCACUCCUUCCUGAUUGUGUUCAGAGUGUUGUGUGGGGAGUGGAUUGAAACUAUGUGGGACUGUAUGGAGGUGGCAGGACAAAGCAUGUGCCUCAUCGUCUUUAUGAUGGUCAUGGUCAUCGGAAACCUGGUGGUGCUGAACCUGUUCCUGGCCUUGUUGCUGAGCUCAUUCAGUGCAGACAACCUCGCUGCCACAGAUGACGAUGGCGAGCCCAACAACCUCCAGCUUGCAGUCGCCCGUAUUAAGAAAGGGAUUGCCUGGUUCAAGAUUAACAUGAGGCUCUUCAUAGCCACAGUGCUCAAGAAGCAACCAAUAGAGGAUGAACAGAAGCCUCUGGAUGAAAUGUACGAGAAGAAGCUCAACUGCAUUGCAAACCACACAGUGGACAUCAACCGUGAAUUAGACUACGCUAAAAAUGGCAAUGGCACCACCAGUGGCAUUGGGAGCAGUGUGGGAAAGUACAUGAUUGAUGAGGACUACAUGUCCUUCAUCCACAACCCCAACCUCACGGUCUGCGUUCCUAUCGCUGUUGGUGAGUCGGACUUUGAAAACCUGAACACGGAAGAUUUCAGCAGUGAAUCGGAUGUGGAGAACAGUAAAGAUCUGGAUGACACCAGUUCGUCUGAGGGCAGCACGAUAGACAUCAAGCCUGAUGUGGAGGAGGUUGCAGUGGUGGAGGUAGUGGAGGAGUAUGUUGACCCAGACCCCUGCUGGACAGACGAGUGUGUAGCCAAAUACAAAUGCUGUGACGUUCCCAUCACUCACGGCUGGGGGAAGAGCUGGUGGUUCCUGAGGAAGACCUGCUACCUGAUUGUAGAACAUAACUGGUUUGAAACCCUCAUCAUCUUCAUGAUCCUGCUCAGCAGUGGAGCCUUGGCCUUCGAGGAUGUGUACAUUGAGCAGAGGAAGACAAUCCGCAUCAUUCUGGAGUACGCUGAUCGGGUUUUCACCUACAUCUUCAUCCUGGAGAUGUUGCUGAAAUGGGUGGCCUACGGCUUUGUCAAGUACUUCACUAAUGCCUGGUGUUGGUUAGACUUUUUCAUUGUGGAUGUGUCUAUAGUCAGCCUUAUAGCUAAUGCGUUGGGCUACUCCGAUCUAGGCCCGAUUAAAUCACUCAGGACACUGAGGGCCUUGAGACCCCUCAGGGCCCUGUCACGUUUUGAAGGGAUGAGGGUGGUGGUGAACGCCUUGGUGGGUGCUAUCCCCUCCAUCAUGAAUGUGCUGCUGGUGUGUCUCAUCUUCUGGCUCAUCUUCAGCAUCAUGGGUGUCAACCUGUUUGCUGGAAAGUAUUACUACUGUUACAACGAGACAGCUGAGGAGAACUUCCUCCCCCAUGUCGUCAACAAUAAAACGGAGUGUUUUGCAUUCAUUAAUGCAAACUAUACUGAAGUCAGAUGGAAAAACGUCAAGAUCAAUUUUGACAAUGUUGGUGCAGGAUACCUGGCGCUCCUGCAAGUGGCAACAUUUAAAGGGUGGAUGGACAUCAUGUAUGCAGCAAUAGAUUCUAGAAAGGUGGAGGACCAGCCUGUCUAUGAGGACAACUUGUACAUGUACAUCUACUUUGUCAUCUUCAUCAUCUUUGGAUCGUUCUUCACUUUAAACCUCUUCAUCGGUGUCAUCAUUGAUAACUUCAAUCAACAAAAGAAAAAGUUUGGAGGUCAGGAUAUCUUCAUGACGGAAGAGCAGAAGAAAUAUUACAAUGCCAUGAAGAAACUAGGGUCAAAGAAGCCACAAAAACCAAUCCCCAGGCCUCAGAACAACAUCCAGGGCAUGGUGUUUGACUUUGUGACGCAGCAGGUGUUUGACAUCUCCAUCAUGAUCCUCAUUUGCCUCAACAUGGUCACCAUGAUGGUGGAGACAGACGAUCAGACGGAGGACACGGAACUAGUGCUUUACUGGGUCAACUUCAUCUUUAUCGUGGUCUUCACUGGCGAGUUUUUAUUGAAGCUCUUCGCACUGCGGCACUACUACUUCACCAACGGUUGGAACAUCUUUGAUGUGGUUGUGGUCAUCCUUUCAAUUGUGGGAAUGUUUCUGGCUGACCUGAUCGAGAAGUACUUUGUGUCACCAACACUCUUCAGGGUGAUUCGUCUGGCUCGUAUCGGCAGGAUCCUACGUCUCAUCAAGGGGGCCAAAGGAAUCAGAACUCUGCUGUUUGCCCUGAUGAUGUCACUUCCCGCCUUGUUCAACAUUGGCCUCCUGCUUUUCCUGGUUAUGUUCAUUUUCUCCAUCUUUGGCAUGUCCAACUUUGGCUAUGUGAAACACGGGGCUGGGAUCGAUGACAUGUACAACUUUGAGACCUUCGGCAACAGCAUGAUCAUUCUGUUUAUGAUCACCACGUCAGCUGGCUGGGACGGCCUGCUGCUGCCCAUUCUCAACUACCCUCCAGACUGUGACCCUUAUCUGGAGAACGCUGGCACCCCCGCUACGGGAGACUGUGGCAACCCUUCUGUGGGCAUCUUCUUCUUUGUCAUGUAUAUCAUCAUUUCUUUCCUCAUUGUGGUCAACAUGUACAUCGCCAUCAUCCUGGAGAACUUCAGCGUGGCCACAGAGGAGAGUGCAGACCCACUCAGCGAGGAUGACUUUGAGACCUUUUAUGAGAUUUGGGAGAAGUUUGACCCCGAUGCGUCUCAAUUCAUCACCUACGCCAAGCUUUCUGACUUUGCUGACGCACUUGAACACCCACUCCGAGUCCCCAAGCCAAACACCAUUGAACUGAUCGCCAUGGACAUGCCUAUGGUGAGCGGCGACCGCAUCCACUGCCUGGACAUCCUGUUUGCCUUCACUAAGCGUGUGCUGGGAGACAGCGGCGAGUUGGACAUGUUGAGGCAACAAAUGGAGGAGCGUUUUGUGGCCGCCAAUCCCUCCAAGGUCUCAUACGAGCCAAUCACCACCACCCUGAGGCGCAAGCAGGAGGAUGUUUCAGCCAGAAUCAUUCAGAGGGCCUACCGCUCCUACCUGGCCAGGCGGGGUUUCGUCUGUAAGCGCAAACCAGCCAAUAACAAAGUGGAGAACGGCGGGAACAAUGCAGAACAAGAAAAGAAGGAGGGCACCCCCUCAACUGCCUCCCUGCCCUCUUAUGACAGUGUAACCAAACCUGACAAGGAGAAACAGGAUGACAACAAUGAGGGCAAGGGAGGGAGGAAAGAGAAAGGAAGAAACCAAAAAGACAUCAGGGAAUCUAAAUGUUAGAGCAUUGGAAUAAUAAUCACAGUAAUAACAAUAAAAAUUAUAAUAAUGUAACUUCAAGCAAAGCGAGAGGAAACUCACCCACACAGAUGUACAGAUUAUUUCAUUUGCAAGUCAGAAAAAAAUACUACUCAAUAAUUUUGUUUACAGACUUCAUUCUUAUAUUGAUGCGGAGGGAAGCAGCUUGGUCUGUUACAGCUUGAAGACUCUUGAACUUCAGUCAAAACCAAACAUAAUCAGCAUACUGUGUGACAUUGUUGUAUCUAGACUUCUGAUCUUAACAAAAGGGAAUGAAACAGACAAGGAAAUGUCUGUGUCUGCUGAAAGGCAGAUUGCUCACUUUACCACUGGUCUACAGAUUAAGACAAGUAACUCUACACCAAGAGGUGGAAUGAAAAAAAAAACACUAAAGGAAUCCAGCGCCUGGACGCAAGUAAUGGAUUCCUAUGGAAGACAGUGUUGUGAAGGAAAAACAAGGAUGCUGCUUGAUGCUGAAGAAUUGUCCUCUUAAAGCAGCCAACGAGGGCUUCUGUGUCAUUUAGUACUGAAAUGUAUUAGAGGAGCAAAUAUGACACGAGAGCAAACAGAAGGAUGACUGGUGAGUGAAAGACACAAAUGACAGAGCGUUGGAAGUACUUUUCUGUUUUAUUAAAGCUAGAAAUUGUUCAUUUGAGCAGCAAAAAUGCAAACAGACAAAAAAAAAGAACAAUAUUCAACAUUUUGCCCAUGUCACUUAACUCUUCUACUCAUUUUAUCUUUGUUAUACCCACAUCGAAAAACGCUUUUUUUACAUGGGCUUUCACACCAAUUGGUUAAGGGUCUGUUUAUUAUGGGGUCAACUCGGGCCAAGGGCUUACAUUUACUCAGAAAGAUUUCCAAA